AUGGCUACGCACAGCGGCAUCGGCGCCGUGCCUGACUCGCUGCCCCGUCCCCGUGCCCCGUCCACCGCUGCCCCGUCACCGUUUCCCCCGAACCCGCUGCCCGUCACCCGCUGCCCCGUUACCCCGUCCCCGCGAGCACACCGCCACCCUGACUGCCCCAUCCCCCGCCACGCCUGCCACCCUGCCGCCGCCCCGCCCACCACGCCCCACUCAAGUACAAACACUCGCUCACUCUCGCUCCCCUGUGUUGCAGCGUCCUUCUUCGGGGCAAGCUACGUGGCGGUGCCGCUACAGGACGCGCGCUCCACCACGGAGCUGGCGCUGCGUUUCCGGACGCGGCGCGCCGACGCACUACUCCUGCUCGCCGCCGGCCGCACCGACUACCUGCUCGUGCGCCUGGAGGCCGGCCGACUCAAGGGCCUGCGCCUCGACGACCUCGAGUGGCACGAGGUGGCGCUGGCGCGCAGCGAGGCCGCCGUCACGCUGCGCAUCGACGCCCUCUACACCGUCAAGUGGCACCUGGAGCUGAAGACGUCGUCGGAGCGCGGCGUGCUGCUGUACAGCACGGGCCGCGCGUCGCAGGGCGACUUCGUGGGGCUGGAGCUGGUGGGCGGGCGGCUGCGCCUGCUGCUGAACAAGGGCGCGGGCGCGCUGGAGCUGCGCAGCGAGGCCGCGGUGGCGGACGGGCGCUGGCACGCCGUCGCCGUGCACUUCAACCCGACCUUCAUGGAGAUCGCGGUGGACGGCGCGGCCGGGCUGGCCAGCGCGGCGGAACGCAGAGCCUUCCGACCGGUGCGGCUAGCGCCGCCCAAUGCAGGCGCUACGGAGAAGGCGCGAGCGCCUGGGCUGCCCGUAGCGCGCGUUGAACGCAGGGGCGUGCGUGGCCCGGACUGGCGUGUGGAACUGUGCCGUGCGCGCGAGGCGCCGGUGGCGUGGCGCGGUGGCGCGCGUCGCUGCGUGCAGCAAGGAGUCGUACUUCGUUCCGCUGCGACUGCGACCAGCUCUGGCGCUCUGGCGUGCGCCCGGACUCGGCCAGCACCACAAGGUGUACUCGCGGCCGUCGCUGGCCGUGGAGCUGGAGCUGCUGGCGCUGGCGCCGCUGCGCGUGGCCGAGGGCGGGCACGCGCUGCUCACCACGCGCCACAUCGACGUGGUGCUCGACUACCCCAAGUACGGCGUGCGCGACUCGGGCGUGCUGCUCUACGUCGUGCAGCCCCCCAAGCACGGGCGCCUCGAGGU